CUCUGUCCACUACGGUACAUUCAUCAUCACCGAAAGAGCGGAAGAAACCGAGGAUAUGGAGGUGGAAACAUUGUAAUACACGGCUUAUUUCCCGAAAUCAGGAAAUACUAUUAAAACUCAAGAGAAGGUCGGCAGAUAACUCACAGCUGUUGCGUAUGUGCGGACACCAUUUCCGUUACACUGUUUUUACCGACCAGAACACAUAUUUGAGGGCUGUGAGGGGAGAUGCGGGUGGUAAACAGGCGGACUGGACCGUAAAUCCACUAACAGAGCACUUUAAAGUCAGCGGGCGUCCCGGAGCAGCGUUCACACACGUGGCGGACAUCCAUCAUCACGCUCCGGCGGUUCUGUCGAGCGUCAGCACAGACUCGUGACUCAAUAUGUUGGGAUGGUUGAGCAGAUUGUUCUGGCAGGAGCAUCUCUGGUUCCCAGAAGGUUUGGGAUGGGCAGACCUGGAAGACCGAGAUGGGCACGUCUACGCAAAGGCUCGGGAUUUGUGGGUGGCACUGCCAAUCGCCCUUUUGUUUCUUAUGAUUCGACUGCUCUUUGAGAGGGUUGUUGCUACACCACUAGCCUCAUUGCUGGGCAUUAAAGAAACUGUCAGACGGCAAGUUGCUCACAAUCAAACACUGGAGUCCUACUACUGCAACACAACUAAAAACCCCACACAGAGUUCAGUAGAGAAACUGUGCAAGCAGACAUGUUGGACAGAAAGACAGGUCCAACACUGGUUCAGACGACGGAGAAACCAAGACAGACCUAAUGUACUCAAGAAGUUUUGUGAGGCCAGUUGGAGAUUCACCUUUUAUCUUCUCGCCUUCAUCUGUGGUCUUGGAGCACUGAUCGAUAAACCCUGGUUGUAUGAUCUAGAGGAGAUGUGGAAAGGGUUCCCCACUCUUACACUCUUACCGUCUCAGUACUGGUACUACAUGCUGGAAUUGGGUUUCUACGUUUCUCUUCUGUUCAGUGUGGCUUCAGAUGUCAAGCGUAAAGACUUCAAAGAGCAGAUCGUUCAUCAUUUGGCCACCAUAACACUGAUCAGUUUCUCCUGGUGUGUGAAUUACAUCAGAGCUGGAACAUUGAUCAUGUUCUUGCAUGAUUCUGCAGACUAUUUGCUGGAGUCAGCUAAGAUGUUUAACUACGCAAGAUGGAAGAACGCAUGUAACUACCUAUUCAUCUUGUUUGCUGGAGUCUUCAUCAUCACACGCCUCAUCAUCUUCCCUUUCUGGAUCAUGUAUUGUACUUGGGUGUAUCCAGUGACUCUGUAUGCUCCGUUUUUUGGAUAUUACUUUUUUAAUGGGCUGCUGCUGGUGUUGCAAUGUCUGCACAUCUUCUGGGCGGCACUGAUCGUACGCUUAGCCUUCCGCUUCCUUACCAGCAACUCAUCAGUAGAGGAUGAGAGGUCUGACAAAGAGGAGACCGAUGAGUCGGCAGAAGAGAAUGAGGACAUGAAAAAUAGAGAAAUAAAGAAAAAUGGACUGACUCAGAAUGGUCAUGCUGUAUAUAACAGCAGUCACUCUAAAACAGAGUGAUUUCCUUUGAAGAGGAGCUUAAAAGUAUGUUAAAAGAGGAGGAAAUUUCAAAGAAUGAGCAAAAUCAAUCCUCAAACAGAACAAGAAAGAAGAGAGGGCAGAAACAGAGGACUGAUUCCAGUUUUCAUGAACAAAAAAAAUCGCUGUGUACACUACAGAUGUAACAUACACACAACAAUAACAGUCAUACACACACACACACACACACACACAACACACACACACACAGACACAUCGGCCAAAGGUGCCAACCCCUGAAGUCAUUCCUCUCUCUGGGGAAAAACAGGAAUCAAUGUUGCCUCUAUUGAGAUUUCUAUCAACAUGUGCCUUUCUUUGCCAAAGUUUGCUUUUUUUAAUUUAAAAAAACUGUCAAGUCACCUGGUCUUUUCCCAGGCAUAUGCAUCUGCAUCCAUGUUCUUUGUUUUAUACUCAAGAAUUAUUUUCAGACGAAAUUAAGAUACAUCUACAUACUAAGUGGUCAGUUUUUAGCAGACCAGUGCUCCUAUGGGAAGAUUUUGCUGAUCAUGCUUGCUUCAUUUAUUGGAUAUUAUCCUAUUAUGUGUAAAUUAAAUAUGGCUAUUAUAUAACAGAAAAAUAUACAUUUCUAAACACAGAAAAUGUGGGAACCAAUAAACCGCAACAACAUUGUUUCCAUGGUAACACAAGAACAUAUUAUCCUGUUGAGCUGCUUGUUUAGACUACUCUCAAACAAAAGUUUAAUAACAUCCCAUCCAUCCAUCUUCAAUAGUCACUUGUCCUAUGCAGGGUCGCAGGUAUAAAUGAAAGAAAAAAAUCUAGAGUUCUGGCAAAUUUGCAGCAAAUUCACAUUAUUUUCACAUGUGAAUGAGCUUGUGCAGAUUGCAGCUCAUUUUGUGUUAAAAUUAAUGAGUGGUGAAUUUGUGGCAACUCUAAAAAAAAUUUAAAAGGGAAACUCUACGCAAGGGCACGAUCCAAUUCUUGGAUUAUUUCAAUGAAAUAAAUUACUCAACAAACCUAAUUUCUCAAGGCGUCGAUGAAUGUACCUUCAAAUGCCUCAGAUGUGUUAUUAUUGAGGUUGCAAGCUUUAACCAGCUUGUUCAACAAGAUUCAUUUCAAACUGCUGCUCCGCCAUAACAGAUGACACUGACCAUAGAAGAAGACAGUUCAUGCUAAUGUUAUUAUAGCGCCCCUUGUGUCAACACAGAGAAUGCAAUGAAUACUCGCAGUGCACUAUGAAUGACGCAUUAAAUCGAGCUUGCAUACCUAGAAACGUUUGCGUUCACAUAUUUGCACAGAGUAUGUUCCGGGCAGUCCCCAGUAUCCAUUUCAUUUCAAACCUGGAGUAAUGACAUCCACACUAAUCCGCUGAAGUUUGAAAAAUCUAAAGUUUUCAGCUCAUCGUUUUCCAAAGUUUGUGAUAUUAGUCCAUCCUAGUGUGGAAAUAAUACAAAUGAAUGCGUAGUGUGGAUGUGGCCUUCAUCAACUCCAGACUUCCUAACACUGUGCUAACACUUAUUGGCCAGUUGUAGCAUGUUCGUUUCCACAUAGAUUUCAUUUAUUAUAUUUCUGAAUAUUCUAAAGCCACAAGCCAAAAAUAGAAUGAUUGUGUAAACGUUGUGGUGUAGUUUGAGCUGGGUUGUUUAGGAAUUUCAGGAUGUUAUUUAUUCUCUGUGGUAAACAGAUAUGCAGUGAGCUUUUGCUUACCCAAGGGUUCACAUUAAAGUUCACAAAUAUCACUGCUGGUUUUGCAGGAGUUUUAUUGUGUGAGGAAUCAUGACAUGUUCAAAGCACAACAAGCUAGAUAAUCAAAACAUCUUUACAUUUUAAAUUGCAUUAAGUUGUCAGCUGGUAGUUUUGAUCUGGCCAGGAUAGUAACAAAUACAUUAUAGAAUGAAAGAACAUUAAAUGAGAAUCUAAAUAAUUAUGGAUCGGCUCCUUUGGAGUACCAAAAUUUGAAAUGUAUAAAAAAUAUAUAAAUAUUAUUUUUGUAAACCUUUUGACAUUAUAAUGCAAUCCAUCUUUUUCUCACCAAAAGCCUGUUUUAUCACAUCUAAAGGCCUUUAACAGUAAUGUCAUGCUGUUCUCAUGAAUAAACUGUUUCCAGUUCUGAGGCUACACUUGUGCUAAGUGUUUCCAGGCAUUCUGCUUUUUAAGUAUUAGUCUAAGAGAACAUAUUAUGAUUUUUACUAGAAUAUUUCAACUCUCAAUUAAAUUCUAAAUCUUGGGUAGGCCUAGCCCACCUUUGUCAAUUGGUCUAUGUAAUCUGGGACGUUUACCAUUCAUC